UUCAAUUGUUCCAACUGUAUGGAGUAAAUGAAGUAGAAAAGGACACUGAGAUAUUCAUAUCCCCAACUCCACUCCUCAAGACUGAGCCAAAACUACAAAGCUUUUUAGCUAAGCUCGAUAACCUUACCUUCAAUGGCUUCUCUGCUCAACACUGUGCCCUCCAUAAGAUUAUCAAGUUUUAAAUGUAAUCCCCUUCGAGCUCCGCACCUCUCAUAUCCUAUCUCUCUGACUCCCUCAAGGAGCAGGUUUGUGGUGAGGGCCGCCGAGACUGACAGUGAAGUUAAAGCUACGGUACCGGAUAAGGCGCCGCCGGCUUCUGGUUCCAGCAUUAAUCAAAUUCUUGGUAUCAAAGGAGCCAAGCAAGAAACGGACAAAUGGAAGAUUCGUGUUCAGCUAACAAAGCCUGUUACUUGGCCUCCCCUUGUCUGGGGUGUGGUCUGUGGAGCUGCUGCUUCAGGGAACUUCCACUGGACUCCCGAAGAUGUGGCUAAAUCAAUUGUUUGUAUGCUAAUGUCUGGUCCUUUCCUUACGGGCUACACUCAGACAAUUAAUGACUGGUAUGAUCGAGAAAUUGAUGCUAUUAAUGAACCUUACCGUCCAAUUCCCUCUGGAGCUAUAUCUGAGAAUGAGGUUAUCACACAAAUAUGGGUGCUGCUUUUAGGAGGCCUAGCGUUGGGUGGUUUAUUAGACGUGUGGGCAGGGCAUGAUACUCCUGUUAUAUUUUACCUAGCUCUUGGUGGAUCAUUGCUGUCGUAUAUAUACUCAGCUCCACCAUUGAAGCUCAAACAAAAUGGAUGGAUUGGCAACUUUGCUUUAGGGUCGAGCUACAUCAGUUUGCCUUGGUGGGCUGGUCAAGCUUUGUUUGGGACCCUCACACCCGAUGUUAUUGUUCUAACACUCUUGUAUAGCAUUGCUGGGUUGGGUAUUGCUAUUGUAAAUGACUUCAAGAGCAUUGAAGGAGAUAGGGCCAUGGGACUUCAGUCACUUCCCGUAGCUUUUGGCUCAGAAACUGCCAAAUGGAUUUGUGUUGGUGCUAUCGACUUAACUCAAUUAUCAGUGGCAGGCUAUCUUUUUAGUGUUGGGAAACCAUAUUACGCAUUAGCCCUCCUAGGUCUAACAGCACCACAGAUCUUUUUCCAGUUCAAAUACUUCCUAAAAGACCCCGUCAAAUAUGAUGUGAAGUAUCAGGCUAGUGCACAACCGUUUCUUGUACUUGGUCUUUUAGUUACUGCAUUAGCCACGAGCCAUUGAUCUCCAGAUGCUUUCGUUACAAUAUCGGGAGAGAUAACGCAAUGUCAUCAUCCCGGAGGGAUGAGCACUAUAGUCAAAGAGGAAGCCAUGGGAAUGGAGGAGAUCGAUUCACUAUUUUCGUGAGGUUGGAUGUGGUAAAUUAGGGUAAAUUUAUCUACAUUUUUGUUCAACAGCUUUGGAUCAGAGUAAUUUGGUCAUUUUUACAGUUUCCAUUGUUGCCUAGAAAUGGUAAUUGCAUGUAGGUUGAGGACCAUUAGGAGAAGCUCCAGCAAGGCAAAGAGGCCCUCUAGGUUGAGCUCAACUUUUACAUUUAAUCAAGUAUUAAAUUUU